AUGGCCGUCGGGUACCCCCGGACCCACGCCGUCGCCGUCCCCAUUGCGCAGCAGCAGCAGCCCCUGGUGCGCGAGCUGCCCCGGUCCUUCGCGGCCGUGCCUCGGGCGCUUGUGGCGGGCGUGGCGGCGCGGCCCGAGCAGCCUCCCCGAGGAGUUCCUAUAGCUUCGCAGCCCAAGGUUAAUCCAAUACCGCCUGUUGCUCCAUCCAAUGAGCAGAGCAACCCAAAAGACAGGGAAAAGAGCAGAGAAGAACCUACAGUUGAGGUUAUUAAUGACCGCAAAGUUAACCUGCUGGAUAGUGAGUCAGGAUCCUUGUAUGCUCUCUGUCGAUCGUGGGUUCGUAAUGGUGUUCCACAUGAAAGUCAGUAUUUGUAUGAUGUAUGA